AUUCUUUUCUUUCAUAACAGCCUUUGAGGUUUGAGAUAACCCAAGCAAACCUCACAGAGACACAGAAGAGAGAUAACGUAGCAAAAACAAUGGCAAUGAAAAUGUGGGCUUCUUCUACAGCAAAUGCACUCAGAAUCUCUGGUGCCUCCAAAGCUCAACUCUCCCCUGCAUUUUCUCUCUCCAGAUGCUUUUCCACUGUUCUGGAUGGGUUGAAGUAUGCAUCUUCACAUGAAUGGGUGAAGCAUGAAGGCUCAGUUGCUACAAUUGGUAUCACUGACCAUGCUCAGGACCAUCUUGGUGAAGUGGUGUUUGUGGAGCUGCCAGAACCCGGUACAGCAGUCUCCCAAAGCAGCAGCUUCGGAAAUGUUGAAAGUGUGAAAGCAACCAGUGAUGUCAAUUCCCCAAUCUCUGGUGAGGUUGUUGAGGUUAACCCGAAGCUGAGUGAAACACCUGGUUUGAUCAAUACAAGCCCAUAUGAAGAUGGAUGGAUGAUCAAGGUGAAGCCCAGCAAUGCAUCAGAACUAGAAUCCUUGUUGGGUCCUAAAGAAUACACGAAAUUCUGCGAGGAAGAAGAUGCAGCCCACUAGAAUGUAAUCAAAAUCUUGCAGGCCAAGUAGUCUUGAACCGACUGAUUUUCAGAUGUUUAAGAAUCUUGUUUGACAAGUUCUUGUCAAAAUAUUAUUACAAAACUGCAGGUUCUAAGUUAAA